UAUUUUAAAGUGUCAAAAUUGAUAAGAUUGUGGACUAUGUGUCAUCGUUUUGUUGUUUAAUUUUAUAAAUAAAUUGCAAAGUUAAUCUUACAUUACGAAUAAUUGGAUACAGGUUUUGAAAAAAACAUUACUGGGCUUAUUAUUUUCUUGGGAGCUUAGGCUACAAAAUGCAAGACACAAGACCAGAGUUAUACGAGGAGGUGAAGCUCUACAGAAAUGCUAGGGAACGUGAAAAGCACGACAAUAUGGCAGAGUUGUAUGCCGUAGUCAGCACAUUACAGCACCUGGAGAAGGCGUACAUGAGGGACUGUGUGCGCGCUCAGGAGUACACUGCGGCGUGCAGCCGACUCCUCGUACAGUAUAAGGUGGCCUUCAAGCAAGUGCAGGCUGAUGAGUUUCCUAACAUUGAGGCUUUUGUGGCUAAGUAUAGGCUGGACUGCCCGGCAGCUCUGGAGAGGAUAAGAGAGAACAAACCAAACCUGAUCAAGGAUGACAAGGGCAACACUAACAAAUACAUUGCUGAGAUUGUUUCACUUUUCAUAACCCUGAUGGACAAGCUCCGCCUGGAGUUCCGCGCGAUGGACAUGAUACAGCCGGAGCUGCGAGACCUCCGCGACACCAUGGACCGCCUCAUCAUGCUGCCUGAGGACUUUGAAGGAAAGGUCAAGGUACAAGAGUGGGUAGACAAGCUAUCAGAGAUGUCGGCAUCGGACGAGCUGUCAGAGAGCCAGGUGCGACAGCUGCUGUUCGACCUGGAGACCUCGUACGGAGCCUUCAACAAGUUCCUGCACAAGGACUAGAGAGAUAUAUCAACGAUGUGACCCGGCUCAAAAGCGUUGUGCAUAUUCACUGUAGCUUGUUAUGUGUUUAUAUAAACUUAUCAUGUAUACCUAAAUUAUGCCUCAACUAUAUUAUUGUAAUGUUUAAGUCUUGCAUAUCGAUAUUUUUAAUAUAGUUCGUUGGCACUUCUGUCCUAUAUUGACUUUAAUUCACAUGAUAAUUGAAAUAUCAUGCUUUUAACGCGGUUACACAAAAAAUACAAAUAUCCGAAUUGAGGACUUCCUCCUUUUUUGGAAGUCCGUUAAAGAAAAGAGGUUAACUUUAUAGAUACAUAUUAUUGUGAUUAUAUCUCAUCAUUACCUUUAUCUACUUAGAUCAAAAUAAAUAUUUAAAAAGUUCUGAUAGAAAGAAAGAAAUAAAUUUUAUUGCGCAACAAUAGACGCAUACACACACUUAAAAUUAGGCACAUUAUACAGAAAUAUAACAACAUAUUGAUGACAACAUAGCAACGCAAUAAACGAAGAUUUAGGUUAAAAAUAUAUUCUUCGUAAGACCCAUAGUAGAGUAAUUCAAAAGCGUCAUCUGUGAGUUUAUUUAUUUGACUGGGUAUCAUUAUAAAUGCACUUUGAAUAUAUCUAAAAUGUAGAUCUUUUAUUCUUGAUCAAAUAAAACUGUAUUAUGUUAAGAAAAUUCUCGGUUAUUUGUUGUGAACUCAACAAAGUCACGAUGUUAUAGAAUAGACAACUUGAUGUCGUUAUAUUUAAGCGAAUUUAUUACAAAUAAAUUUUAUAUUCCACGUC